AUGCGAAGGACCGAAGAUGAUGCCAGACAAUCAAAGACAGACACCAUGGACCCCGACCACAAUGGAAAGUUCCCUCUUCACGAGGCUGCACGGGAAGGCAAGACCCCAACGGCCGAAUCCCUCUUGAACGCGAAUCCGAAACUCGCAGUUGUCAAAGAUGAUGACGAGCGUUUACCGAUUCACUGGGCCGUGGCAUACAACCGACUUCCUAUCGUGGAGCUCCUAGUAUCUACCAAGCACUUUGAUCCGGAUGUUGAGGACGGAUCAGGCUGGACGCCUCUCAUGAUCGCAUCGAGUCUGAAAAAUGCAGAAGGAGAUCCCAUCAUCGAUCUUUUACUACGCAAGGGCGCCGACGUAACUGUCAAGAGCGUUUCUGGCCAGAAUGCCCUUCACUUCGCGACUUCCAAAGGCAACAUCUCCACCGUGCGCACUCUAAUCGCCAAUAAGUGCAGUGCCAGAGUUAAGGACAAACGGGGCCAACUACCGCUUCAUCGUGCCGCAGCUAUCGGGUCUACGCCGAUCAUCAAGGUUCUUCUCGAGGAGGGGAGAAGUCCCGUCAAUGCGACGGAUAUCGAUGGUUUAACGGCGUUGCAUCAUGCUAUUUCCGAGGGCCAUGGGGAUGCGGCGAUCACGUUAUUGAAGGCAGGUGCUGAGACGGAUAAGAGGGAUUCAGAUGAUCGAUUGGCUAUUGAUUUGGCUCCAGAUGCAAAGGUCCGGUCGUAUAUCGUCCAAAUGGCUGAGAGGGAAGGCAUAGAGCUGUAA